CAGUGCCGACGUGGGGCUCAGUUCAGUGCGAACGUUUGAACCGUGCGGAAGCUUUUGGCUCGGGUGUCCUCUUCGAAUCGAGCGAGCAUAGCAAUCCUCAACCUGAACAGGCAGGAGCGCCUAGAAGGUGAAACUUUGUGAUAAAGUGGUGCGCAUUUCCACAGCAGGAAAACAACAACAAAACUCACACAACACGAGGCGAAUCCGUUAUUGGGAGUGAGUGAGUGAGCGAGACUAUCAAGGACCGACACCCCCUCCUUCGCGUACGGCAUGCUCCAGCCUUGGGGCGCGCGAGUCUCUGUGUGUGUUUUCUCGAUGUGUAUGGGUAGGGGUCUCUGUGUAUCCGGAAAGGGCCCCAGCACUGCUCGAGCUCCGAUGGAAGGAUCGUUCGACGUUCAGUAGUAGCGGUGCUGGCUAACGAACUGGUUGAGCCUAGUUCUGGUUCUGGACUUCUUCCCCGCAGCGGAAAGCAAACUUUGAGUGAAAGUGGACUUCAUCGCUUGAAGUGUAUGUGGAUUAAAGCAUUCUUUCCUCCAUUCGGAUCCAAGCGUACAAUAUCCCCGAUUGAGCAUUCCCAGAAGCGAGUUUGACUUCCUUCGGCGAAGGUGAAAGUGUUUGUGUUUGUGUGUGACUGUAAAUGGGAUCCAAUCCGUUGAUAAGAGGUGUGCGAUAAUUGAAUUUCGGGAGCAAAUCGCUCCACGCAGCAUUCGUCCUCCGGCACCCUCCGCCACUAAAUAGUAUUGUAGGAGGAAGACAAAAAAAAAAAGAAUAAAACUGAGGCAGAAAAAUCUCCCCGGGUGAGAAAAACACGCUCCUGCAUUGCUGCCUUAGUUCUUUUAUUUUUGCGUUUUGUCUGACCAACAUUUGGAUUAAGGAAGGAAGGAAGCGUGAAGAGUGAAGAAAAACAAGAAAUUUAUUGGAUGAAUCUCCCUGCAGAAAAGUUUCCGCCGGAAAACUGGGAAAUAGGUGCAAAGUGAAGUGCUAUCGGAACCGAUAACCGUUCCAAGAAGACGGGAUUUGUUGUUUGUGUUUUGGUGCUCUUACUGUGCGCAUUCAUUGGUCGGUACAAAGUUGGAAACUGAAAAAAAAUACGAUAAGAACUGUGAAUUUUUUGUGGUGCCAGUGAACCGCGGCGUCGUUAUAAAAUGAAGAGUUUUAGCGCUGGCGGACUUUGCCAGCUGGUUUUCCUGCUCAACAUUGCCGCAGUCUGUUGCUUCUCGAUUGGUGCCAAUGAUGGCGACUCCAAGCUGAGCACCGCCGAGAGCAAGCAAAAUGGCAACAAGCAACAAUCGAAGCAUCGACACCGCCGGGAGCCCGACGGGGAUGGCCGCGAGGGUGGAGGUGGUGGUCCCUCGCUUGCCGGAACCGGUGGGGCCGAUGAUGGUGGUGGUGGUGGUGAAUUGGAGAAUUUCAUUGCACUAGCACCGGACGAAGCGGAUAUUUAUAACUUCUCCAACAACCUGAUGAACGCGGUGAAUGAUAUUGGUGGCGACGGGGGCGCUGGUGGUGAAGAAGACGAUGGCGACGCCAACGCGGGACUCCUGGAUCCGUCCGAGAAUGCAAAUCAAGUGAAUCCGUUUAAUGAAUUUCUUAAUCCCCGCCAGCACCAUCAGCAGCAGCAGCAGCAGCUGAGGGAAGAAACAAGUUCAGACAAGCAGCAGCAGCAGUUGGAGGAUCCGUGGGGUUUGCGGUUCGAUGAACAGCUGCCAGCUCCAGAGGAGCAGCAGCGGCUGCAACAGCAGGAAGUACAAGAUUCUGAAGAUGACAAUGAGGUGGAAAAGAGUAAAUAUUUGCUGAGUGGCACGAAGCUCAAACCAUUGAACCGUAGCCAACAGGCAACUCCGCUAAUGGCUAGCAGUGUUGAUUUCCUCAACUCCAUCGACGGUGGCUACUUGCUGUCGAACGGGAUUAUCGAUGAGAAGGGCAGAACAUUAAUGGAUGAUAACAAUCCAUCCACAUUGAAACCAGAGAACAGUGGCGGAAUCGGGGAAGAGGAACAAAUCAGCGAUGAUGACAUUUUCGAGCAGAUGCAGAAGAAAGCUAAAUCCUACCGGUUGAAGUUGUACAAGAAGCACAAAAAUUUCAAUCACCAUCACCAUCAUCGCGGUGGGUACUACAAUCCGCUGUAUCAACAUCAUCACCACCAGUAUUACCGCCAGAAAAUGCUGGAGAGAGAACGCGAGCGUUGGAAGCAGAUUCAUGACCAACAGCUGAAAGCGGAUUACCAGGGUAAGAUACGAUAUUUCGAUAGUUCAAAUAAGCUGGAAACUAAGGACGACAUAAAGGCACAUCUCGACGGAUAUAGCAGCCGCGAGCAGUGGCCCCAUUUCGAUAGGAUUGUGAAUUCCCUGAACAAAGAACAGCAGCAGGACAACGUUCCGCCAUACAUAAAGAAGUACAAUCGUAGAAAUAAACAGCUGAUUGACUUGUUGGAGGGAACAAUAGCUCCCCUGUCGGAAUACAGUCAGCGUCAUCACGAGAGAAAAUACCAUCGCAGAAAAAAUCCACACUGGAUGGAGGAGGAUCUGUUCGAGGAGCAGCGUCCCAAUCAGAACAAUCUCGGUAUGCAGCGAAAUUAUAUCCAAGAAACGAUCCAAUCUUCUACCACACACUCGAACUCACUCCCCGGCGAAGGCAUACAUGUUAUUUACGAGAAAAAACAUACCGUUGAUGACCACGACUAUGGUCAUCCAACAACCAGCAUCGACCCGAAUCAUCCGUACAAGUUGUCGUCCCGCGCCGGUCAGUUUGUGUACCACAGAGUGGCGUCCCCACAGCCAGUUGGGGUUGGCUAUGGCCGAUUAAAACGCCAGCGGCUUCCAUUCGUUGCGAUCACCGAUCGCCGUCUAGGAUCUCCACCGAAGCGUCGUCCGAACAGUAGCAACAGCAGCAACUCCUCUGGCAGUAGUGGCAAUCUCGGCAGCAGCAGCAACAACAACCUACUGAAUCACCAACCGAUGCCUUAAGCACAAAACACAUCGCAGACUUCAAAAAACCAACCACAAACUGAAAUUCUAUGCGACCCUGGCUUCCGACGGGAGCCUAUCCCCCGGUCAUGCAGGGUCGCGCGAACAAGGCAGCUGCUCUUUCUAGAUAAGUCUCUAGAAAAUAACCCUUUUUUUCGUUUGUUUCAAAUGCUAACGCCACUUCGAUUGCGAGUAAUUAAUAAUGAUUAACCUAUUGCCCUGUUGCGGACGCUGUCACUUGAAUGGUCACACAAAGCAACUCUUCAGCCACUGUACAGUUUUUCAGUCUAAAGCUGAAGAUAACGACAAUAAUAAGAUAUCAGAUGGGGAUCGAUAACGAGCGAAUACUGCUCCAACCACAAGAGGUUAAAAAUAAACCCAUAUUCUUCGGUGCAUAUAUCGGGAGGCACAUGUGUAUGAGGAAAAAUAUAAUAAAGAGACAACAGAUCUCGUUCUGUGCUUACGCUAUUAAUAAAUGUCAAUCAGCUCAAGUGCGCACUUACAAAACACACACAAACACACAUGCACACUUACAUGCACAAGUAUAUUCACAAAAGCUUAUCGGAAAAUGAAGCUGUUAUCCGAGAGGCGUAGAACGAGAACACAAUGAAAUAGAAUCACCUCGAUUUCAAGACUUUUGCCAUCGGAAGACACAGAGCCGAUACUCGAGCGAUUGCAUCCUUGCUGCGUGCCUCGAUUUCUCGAUCCAACACAGCGUUCUUCAGCGCGGCAGUAAUCCGGUAUUGUAUCGGAUUUCCUUCCCCCGUCGUUUGUACCUCCGCACAGACACACACACACACACAGAUGGCACCACUUCAAUUCCACCACCAUCGUCAGCAACCACAGUCAAUCGCAAAAUUGAGUGUACACACAUCUUGUUGGUUCGGUAUUUUUGAGUUUUUCGGGGCCUAAAAAAUAAAUAAUUUCAAACGACUUAUAUUCAUCGCAUAGUCGAUCCUUCUUACUCUCAUGUAGUGAUAAGAAAAAAAAUGAAAUGGUCACAUUUUUUUUAAGAACUCGAACAGAAAACCUUCAAUUCAUACGCGGCAAAAUUGAGUGUACAGUUCAAGUAUUUAAAUUUUAAUCAAUUCUAAAUUUGGUAUGGCCCUUUUUGGUGCCCAGCACUGCCUGAAAGCGAUGUGGCAUCAAUUCGGCGAGAUUUCUGAUCACUGUAAACGGAAUGCUCUCCCAGAUCUCCCAAAUCACCUCUUCGAGUUCCCUGGAUUUACGUUUCUUCACACGGUUCUUGAUUUCCUACCAUAGAUAGUCAAUAGUAUUCCAGUCCGAAGAUUGCGAUAGUGUUUGAGUUGAAUGGGACACGAUGAGAUCAAUGUGUUUCGGGUCAUAAUCCUGUUGAAAGUAGUAAUCACAGGGAAGACCCAAUUUCUGCACGAAAGACUGCAGGUUACGUUUCAGCAUGUUCAAUUAAGUCUUGACUUGUCCAUCGCCGAAUCGAUAAACUUCAUGGUUCCAGUUCCAGCAACCGCCAUUGUAACAUACAUCAACCGGCUACCGCCGCCGUGUUUUACCGCGAUAAUCAAAUGCUGAAUCUGGAGCACCGAUCUGCCUCGGUGGACGAUAGCGCUUCAGAUGUUUGUUUCUUAGUAGACCAAACCACAGUCUGCCCGUGAAGCUUGAUCACCAAUCCGGAUACAGACCUUCUGUCGUUGGGGUCGUUACCCCAAUCCGCGUCAGCGAAUACCAUGAGAGGCUCCGCUUUCGAUCGUCGAUACAUCAAUUGUUGAUCCGCCGUGCCCCGAAGAUUACGCAAGAUCUUCUUCAAGUGCGUUCAAUUUUCUUCCGUCGCGCAACACUGGAAUCCGGCAAUGUAAUUUAUUGCCGCGCAGAUGUCUGGUCUGGAUGUCACGGUAAGGUACAUCAGACACCCAAUCAAUUCACGGUACGGCUUGUCCGUGAAAUGCUUCUGAUCGCUUCCCUUCUCGAGUCGCAGAUGGGGAUCCAUUGACACUGGUGAUGGUUUGUAGCUACCCAUGCUAAAUCGCUCGGGUACAGCUUCAAUGUAUGCCUUUUGCCCAAUGGUCAUCAGUCCCGCCUUACGAUCACGCUGGAUGUUCAACGCCAUAAAGCUCCGAACUUGCUGCAGGUCCUUCAUUUCGAAUUCAACUGAUGACUUCUUCUUCAAACUCGGAAUCGCUUUGAGUGAGUUGCUCGCAAUUAGUACGUCGUCUACGUAGAUCAGAAGUAGAAACAGUAGUCGUAUUCACUUCGCUGGAAUCCCAGUUUAUCGAUGAAAUGAUGAAUUCGAAGGUUCCAGUUUCGGGACGAUUGCUUCAGGCCAUAGAUAGCUUUGCUCAACCGGCAUACUCGAUUACUCCCCGCCUCAAAACCAAGUGGGGAACACAUGUAGACCUCUUCUUCUAAUGCUCCAUUUAAAAAUGCGAUCUUCACAUCCAUCUGAUGAACGUACCAACCUUCGUGACUCGCAAGCGCCAGCAGAUUCCUCACCGUCCACAUUUUGGCUACCGAUGAAUACGUGUCGAUAAAGUCAAACCCUUGGUGCUGCGAGAACCCACGAGCCACCAGCCUGGCUUCGUACUUAUCGAUCGUGCUGACGACCUUCUUUCCACUAGGCGGCUCCACCAAAGUCUAAGUAUCGUCCCGGCGCAACGAUUCCAGCUCUGCUUGGAUAGCCUCCUUCCACAUUUGCCAAUCUGGCCGUUUCUUCAACUCGUUGACGUCAAAGGGAAUUCCAUUUACAAAAUCUUCCUCACAUCACGCAGAAACCGACAUGUCGAAAUAACUAUGCCAUUUGGGAGGCAUUACGGCUCUAACUUUCGUCCAAAAUCAGCCACUGGUCCUCGUCCUUGGUUUUGAUCAUGUAGACCACUGCCACGUGUGUGAAAUCGUCCGUAAAUAUCACGAAAUAUGUACUUCCAUCCCACGCAACGGGUAAAACAAGUGCGCACACGUCAUUGUGGAUGAUCUCCAACGGUUUACUUGCUCGUUUCUCCGGAUGCCGCCGAAAUGAUUCUCUAGUCGGCGAAUGCGCGAUUCACACAGAAACUUCGCACCUGCAGCUUUCACACGAUCUACAGCUAAACUUUCGACCAUAUUCCUGUUAAAGAGUUUCAGAAGAUUGUCGUUUGCUAAAUAGCCGAACCUGUGAUGCCACAACUCCAAUUCAAGGUUGAUCUUGCCAGUCACUAACGCCUUCGCUUCAGAAUGACACCGCUCGCACUCGAAAUCCAUCGCAUACAGCCUUCCAGAUUGAUUACCGGUCGUCACAAUCUCCUCAUCCGCUCCACAGUCACGCAUUCGUUGAAGAAACCCACCCUCUUCCCUUUAGCUUCCAACCGCCGGAGCGAUAGCAAAUUCAGCGACAACUCGGGUAUAAACAAAACGUCGUCCGUGUUGAUCUGGAUUCUUCCUUCACCGACCAGUGCAUAAACCACAAUGUAAUCCUGGUAUCUGGCAAACAGAUUGAUUACGCUUUUGGCGGUCUAAAUCACCACCGGUUUUACUAGCUUCUGUAGACUUGGACAUGUGCUCCGAAGCACCACUGUCCUGGUACCAUUUGGAUACUACCCUGAAUCCUUUCAAAGACGUUGUGGAGGACAUCCCAAGUCUUCUUCGGUGAGUUCUUAUCCUUCACGUACUUCAAAUGACUUUCAGUGAUCGUCUGGAUUAACAUUGAGCUACAUUUAUUAUACUGCUUGACGCGAGCUUCCUCCUGGACCUUCUUUGCAGCUUUCACUUCUGCCGAAUCCGAGCCCGGAACAUUCCAGAAAAGUACGCUCUUACCCGAAAGCUCCAAUUGUUAAAGGUUCUGUCGUCAAACGGUCUGAUGCGUAGCGCUUUCACUUCCUCCUCCAUUCCGCCGGAUUCCUCGCAACCGCUCACAGAAUCAGCAUCAACCCAAUUCGAAUGCAGCGGACCUCGAAAUUGUCACGCAAAAUUAAUAGCACUUUCCGAUAAAUUUGACCGUUUUUGCUGGGCCCAUAACCUCUUAACAGAAUAAAAUGGUAAACUGAUUUAUUGACAUUUCCAAGAUACAAGGUGUGUUGAAUGCAAGGUGUGCAACAUGGGUCAACAAAAGAGUAGAUGAAUGUUUUAAAAUUAACCCUCAACAGUCUGCGCUGACAGGUCAAUUUAGGAAUUGUUCGAGGGUUCAUUAGCAAAGUUCGCACAAUUGCGGGAUAUUUCCAUGGUUCCUUCGUAUUUCUGUAACUAAUACAUAGCGGGAAACGGGAAAACACCGCGAAGGCAUGCCAGGCACUUUAUUUCAAACAAUCUACAUCGCUCGGCAGUCAAAGUUACCCUGAUAUAGGUAUUCAUUUCACAUCAGUAUAAAAUUAAAACAGUGUAGCCAGAACUUAAGAAAUACAAUUAUCUUACAGUUUCCACUUGUGUAUGAUUUUCUUCACUGUAGAGUGGUUUGACAUCAUACACUGACGAGAAAAAGUACGCUAAUUCGCAGAGAUCUUACAUGUGUAUGUGCGUGUGUGUGUGUGUGUGUAUAUAAUAUACAUCAAAAUAUGGAAUGUAUUCAAAAUAUUUUGCAUCUAAUAAAUAGAGAGUAUCGUCAGUGUACACAUACUACACUCAAUUUCGCGAUUGACUGUAUGUGUAUAUAAAACGGGGGGAAGAGGAGCACAAUUUCAAUAGAAAGCUGUCAAUUUGAGUACAAUGCAAUAAAAAAUGGAAGGCAGUGGGGCGCGAGUACAAUCUCAAGUGACAGUCUCACACAAAAGGACAUCACAUUCAUCCAUGACGCCUAGCCGGUAGUGAGAUGAGAAAAUGAAGAAAAUAAUGUUGAACUAAAACCAAUUGAAGAAUCACGAACCCCACAUAAUGGAAUGAUUGCAUUUGGGUUCGUGCACCGCGAGAGUCAAGUUUGAGUUGGCAAAAAGUGACUGUCAAAGAAAGAUCUUUGGCAGUUAUUCCAAAAAAAAAUUAGCAUAGGAUAAACACGAUGACAAUAUAUAUUUAUUAAUUAAACAUAAUAAAAAUUUACAUAGUCAUAAUAACAUGUCUUACAAUGCGUUACAUUUGGGAGUAAGAAAAAAAUCUUGUAUUUACUAACAUAUCAGAUGGGCCCCUCGACAGAAUCAAGCAGAAUCAAAAUGGUUCCCCCAGAAGGGGGGGUCGACCCUAUAACUCUUUCGGGUAAAUGUUUAUAUCAGCCCAACCAGCUCUAAAACACAAAAACAAGCAAAUAGAAGGCAGAUAUCGGUUUUAAACGACAGAAAACAAUGAACACUUUUUUGUAUGUACGCAUAACGAAACGCUGACGCUAUAAAUGCUCCACCAUCCUCACUAGACUUCCAACCAACGGAAGAUGCACACGUUAGAAUCGAUUUGCACUGACAGAAACACCUACAAACAUACUCAUGUAUACUCACAAUAAUUGUCAACGCGUUCUCCAUCUGUUAAUAGUGCACAACAUAAUGGAACGCGCCAUUGGCGAACAAUAAGAUGACCCGCGCUAUGGAGACGUUUGAGUAAAUGAAGCCUACUACGACUACGACUGCCAUCAUUUGAAUUCUGUCAAACUUUUGACGUCCGGUUCGUUCGCUGAUUGACAGCCGAACGCGCGGAAAUUUCACUUCCUUUGAUUGCCGUUUUUGUGUGUAUGUAAUUUUAUUGUUUACUCUAAAUAUAAUGAUAACAAAGUGGCGCGCAGAAGUCAGAUAAACACGACAAUAAGCUAAAGGAACCAUGAUUUUUCUAGCGAUUUUAUAUGAGGCUUUGGGAAGCGAUAUACUGACAGUUUGGACGCUGCACUUCGGGCCACAGUUGCCGUAGCUAUUGCUCUUUUUUUCUCAAUUCUGAAAUCAAACGAAUCAAAACGAAAAGAGAAGGUACGUUAAAACCAUAUAAGCAAUACCUUUGACAAUACCAUUCGAUGAGGGUCAAAACACACCACACAAAAAAGAUGCAUUAGGGAACCCCUCGAGAUAACAAACAAUAACAACAACAACAAAAAAAACAAACAGUGAACAGCUAAAGUGACGAAAUAAAGAAUAAUAAGUGAUACUUUCUAGAAAUUUGUAAAGAAACGGUUGAAUUUGGUUUUUCUGAUCGAGUGGAUCAUUUCAUUGCGUUUAUUCGGUAAAGUUUUUCGAAUUCAAAAUGGUGGUUCGAUGUAAAUGCACGCCGGUUUUUUGGCUAACCUUGACACGACACGACAAAUGCACUUCCAGCCAGCAGUAAGCGAAAAAAAAAAGUUAAAUAAUCGAUGCACACCUUGGAAGAAAGUUAUAGUCAAUUUUCUGUGUAUAAAUGACACAAUUGCACGUCUACCAAUACACAAAAUGAACAAGUGAAUCAAUCGAACGAAACACAUUCACCCAGGCAAACAUAGACGGGGGAGGAGGGUACCUUUUAAUGUAAACAAUUAUUAAGCUAUGUUAGUUUAUAGAGAAGCAGUAUAAACAGUAGCUAUUUAUUAAUGAAUUAAGGAAAUCAUUCAGCCGAUUCUGGCAGCAUACUUAUACAUACGUGCACACUCAAACAGAAAUAAGGAAAAAACAGAUUUACGCCCACAAACACUCACACGAACAAUACAAACUGUAUAGAUAUGUCACUUAUUAAAAUCACAGCCGCUGGGCUGUGUCACUGAUCCGAAAUUUAUUGCAUGGACAACAUUCAAAAACACACACACGCACGCCCCGAAAUGAGACGAGACAUUUUUUACACUUUUACUCUUGCCCAGUUUCCGGGGCCUGUCGGCACAUACACACACACAUUCCUACAGAGAAAUGAGACAGGGAAUGCUAGAGUUGUUCCCGACUCCAAGCUUGAUCUCCUCGGGGAACUCUCGAGCUGGAGCCGGGAACCGUAUUCGCAAAUAAUUUCGUCAACAGCUCUAAGUUAAUGCUUAGAUUGGAAAUCAGAAUAAUUAUGUUCCAAUUGGUUAUGUUUGUGAGACGAUAAACGAUGUGAUGAAAAAAAAACACAUACAAAAAGAAGGUCAAAUAAGUAAAUCUACUCAUGUUAUACAAUUCUGUAUCAGGAUCACAUCUUGAAAAAAAAUA